AUGAGGAGAUCGAGCCGGCGCCGCGACGCCGCCGUCGGGCGAGGCCGCCGCCGGGGCGCGUGGGCGCUGUUCGUCGCUGGUGUGGCGUACGUGUCCGUUCUUGCCUUUUUGCGCAGCGCGGCCGCGCCCGCGUCGCGCCCGCCCGCCUUUGUGCUGCCGCCGCCGGAGCCCUGGGACCCGUCGCGGCUGCGGGCACACGCGCUGGACGCCGCGCGCCGCGGGGCGGCAGCGCCGCGCGCGACGGGCGGCGCCGCCGCGCCGGACGCGGGCGAUCCGCUGGCGGCGCUGCGGGCGGCGUCGCGCGAGGCGCUCGGCGCGCCGCGCGCUCGCGCGGCGCCGGGGCGCGCAAGCGACCGCGGCGCGUCGACGGUCUUCGUCGCCGGCCUGCCGCUGUCGGGAUCGGACGCGGUGGCGGAUCUCGUGGCGGCCGCGCGCGGCGGCAACGCGACCGCGGCGCCGACGUGGGCCGAGGCCGAGGCGCGCGCGGCGCGGCGCGCCGACGUCGUGCGCGUGCCGGGCGCGCCGCCGGCGAACGCGUCCGUCUUCGCGCGGCUCGCGGCCUCCGCCGCGCUCGCGCGGCGGUCCGCGUGCUUCGUCGUCGUGCUGCGGCACCCGCUGGCCUGGGCCGUCUCGCUGGGCCUCGCGCGGUCGACGACGUCGUCGACGGACGCGCGCACGGCCGCGCGGAGCCGCGGCUACCGGGGCCUCGUCGCGUUCGGCGACGACGUCGUGACGGCGGCGGCGUUCUGGACCGACGCGGCGGGGAGCCUGGUCAGCGAGUGUCUCGGGGGCGUCGACUGCGUCGUGGCCCACUCGGAAACACUCGUCGACGACGGCGUCGCGCGGGCGCUGCUGCGCGCGGUGCCCGGCGUCGGCGCCGCGGCGACGCGAACCGCCGCGGCGGGCUGCGCGGCGUCCGGCGGCGCCUGCGGCUCGGGCGGGACGUCGGCGACGCUGGGGGUGCCCGGCAACGCGGCGCUGGUCCGCUGCUGGCUGCGCGGCGUCCGGUGGCACCUGCGGCUCGGGCGGUGCGAGCGCGAGCGCGCCGAGUACACGGAGGAGGAGCGCGAGCUCGCGACGAGCCGCCACAUUGACUUCUGGACCGUGAAGCGCCGCCACGAGUGCGGGUUCAACGCCUUCGGCUACUCGCUGCGGGGCUUCGAGCCGCUGCUGUCGUGCAGCAAGCUCUGCGCCGGCGGCGUCCGCGCCGCCGCCGCCGCGCCGCCGCUCGCGCUGCCCCUCGUCGCGCCGCCGCUCGCGCGGCGGUCCGCGGCGGUCGCGGUCGCGCGCGCGAACGGGUCCAUGCCCGACUCGACCGCGACGGACGGCGCGACGCUCGUCGGCGACGUGAUCGUGGCCUUCUUCAAGGUCUACCACGGCGCGACGUCGACGGGCGGCCGCGGCGGCAUGUUCGCGCGCAUGGCGCAGGUCGUCCGCGCGCUCGCCGACACCGGCCUGACGGUCCACUUCAUCUGCCACUGCGAGAUGCCGCCGCCGCACCUCGUCGACCGGUCGUGGGCGCCGGCGGGCACGCGGUUCUACGCGGGCGGGCUCCAGCAGCAGCUCGACCAGAUGCUUCCGUACGCCUGCGCCGGCGGCGCGCGCGGCGACGCCGCGCGCGCGCCCGUCAAGGCGCUCUUCCUCUUCGUGACGUCGCUGACGGUCGACAUGCACUUCCGCGCGGCGGUCAAGCGCGCGCGGUUCUGGUGGAAGGAGCCGAAGCUCGGCGCGCUCCACAGCGAGCGCGUCGCGAGCCGCGUCCUCGCGCACUCGCCGGCGCUGCGCGUCGUGGUCCUGACGGACGACGUCCACCACGUCCGCGCGGCCGAGGCCUUCGCCGACGUGCGCCAGCCGCUGAACGUGGCCGCCAUGCUCGCCUGGCUCAAGCGGCGCGAGCUGGCGCUCUACGCGUCGGCGCACGACGUCCUGACCGUGUCGCUCGAGGACGCGCGCGCGAUCGAGGACGGCCUCGCGCUCGAGCCGUCGCUCGCGCGCGGCGGCGCCGAACCGCCGCGGCUGAGCUGGGCGCCCUUCGUCCGCACCGACGUCGCCGAGGACGUCGGCGCGAACGGCACGAACGCCAGCGCGGCGGCCGUCGCGGCGGCCGCCGCCGCCGCGCGCGCGGGCCGGCGCGUCGACGUCGCCGACACGCUCGCGAACAAGACGGGGCUCGUGUACGUGGGGAUGCCCCACCCGCUGGCGGUUCCGGCCGUGGCGUGGCUCGUGCGCGAGGUGCUGCCGCGCGUGGCGGCGGUGCUGCGCGACGACUUCGGCCGGGACGACGCGUUCGUCGAGCGCCACGCGGUGCUCUACGUCGCGGGGGGCGGCGACCAGGCCCAGCGCUGGCGCCGCGCGACGCGCGGCGCGCCGGAGGCGUCGAAGGCGCGCGUGCGCCUCGUCGGCGCGCUCUCGGACGUGGGUCUCGCGGAGGAGCUCCUCGUGCUGCGGCGCGUCUUCGUCGCGCCGCUCUUCAACAACACGGGCAUCGCCACGAAGAUCGUCAACGCGAUGAGCCACGGCCUCCCCGUCGUCACGACGCCCGGCGGCUGCCGCGGGCUGGGGCUGCCCGCCGACGCGUCGCGCGCGCUGCUCGUCGCCGCGGACGCCGCCGCGUUCGCGCGCCACGCGGCGCGGCUCCUCGUCGACGACGCGCUGUGGCGCGACCUCUCGCGCGGCGGGCGCCGUCACGUCGAGGAGAACCUCUCGCGCGAUGCGCUGGCGCGCGUCGUCCGCGACGCCGUCUCGCGCGCGUUCCGCGCGCCCGAGCCGGCGGUGGAGGCGGCGGCGCGGCCGGGCGUCUCGCGCGCGCCGCCCGGUCCCGUCCGCGGCGCCUCGGACGCGCCGCGGCGCGCGCGCGACGCCGCCUGCGCCGCACUCCUCGCCGACGGCGCCCUCGCGAACCCGAGCGUCGCGGCGCUGCCCGGCGGCCGCCGCCGGUUCGCGGCUCGGCUCGAGCGCCGCGACGGCAGUCCGGGCGGGCUGGUGGUCGGCGACGCGACCGAGGACGGCUUCGCCGCGUGCGUCGCCGUGCCGGACCCGGUCUCGGCCGCGGCGGGCUUCGAGCCGUGCCGCGGCGCGGCCGAGCGCGGCGGCGCCGACGAGCCGCGCGUGUUCGCGUGGCGCGGCGGCGCCUGGGUGCUCUUCGCCGCGCGACCCGCGUGCGUCGCCGGGGCGCGCGGCGGCUGCCCGUGGUGCGCCGACGGCGUCACGACGCUUUCGUAUGUCGCGCGGCUCGACGACGCAAGAGGCGGCGGCCUCGUCGAUCCGGCGCGGCCCGUCGUCGCGUACAACGCGGGCCUCGGCGCGACGCAGCGCGCGUUCGCGCCGUUCGUCGGCGUCGACGGCGAGCUCUACCUGGCCGUGGCCGUCGAGCCGCAGUCCGUGCUGCGCGUCAACGCGACGGCGACCUUCCGCGGGCGGCCCAUCGCCGCCGCGCGGCGUGUCGCCGUCGCGUCGAGCGACGAGCUCUGGGCCGACGCGCGCGCGCUCGACGGCGGCUGCCGGACGCGUCCGCCGCUCCUCGCCGCGACGCCCGCGAUCCUCGUGGACCGCCGACCGCCGGCCGCGUGGCCGAGUAGCGCCGCCGUCGCCGCGCGCCCCGCCGCCUCCGCCGACGCGGCGACGGCGCGGGCGCACGCGCGCGGGGCGCUCGCCGGCCGCGUCUACUUCCUCGCCGUCGCCCGCGGCCACGUCGAGACGGGGUGCCUACGGUUCUACGAACACUACGCGUACGCUUUCCAGGCUGCGCCGCCGUUUGCGGUGCUCGCGCGGUCCGAGCGCGCGCUCCCGCUCGCCGGCCGCUCCUACGCGCCAGCGUCGCAGCCCGAGUGCCAGCCCUCCGUGGCGUGGCGCGUCCAGGCCGGCCGCGCCAAGACCGUCGCCGGCGCGGCGCGCAACGCGACGCACGUGUUUCUGUCGUACUCCGCCGGCGCCGACUGGACGUCCCGCGAGUGGGCCGCGCCGCUCGACGCCGUCGAGGAGACGCUCGUGCCCGUCGCGCCGAGCGUCGCCGAGAGGCUGACGCCAUGCGCUCGAGACGACGCCUCGCCAGACUGCGCAGUUUUGUGGGCCGCCGCGGCCUCGUGCCGCGGCGGCGCCCAGUUUUAG